AUGGCGGACUGGGCAGGAUUGCCUCACGACCUUCUUGUUCUGAUUGCAAAGCGUGUUAAACUAAUAGAGGAUUUCAUUGCUUUAAGUGUCGUUUGUACCUCUUGGCAAACUGCUUCCCCUAAGGAUAAUCUCGACGUCCUCUCUCCCCAACUUCCUCUGCUAAUGCUGGCGGAUAAAGAUGAUGAUUAUCGAGAAUUUUACUCUCUUUCCAAGGGUAAAGUAUCGCAGAUAUUGUGCCUCCCGGAGGCUAGAGGGCGAGCGUGUUUCCCAUCUGAGACAUGGCUUGUCACCAUGGCAUGGGACGGAGACGGAGAGUUAAACUUGUUGCAUCCUUUCUCCCGUACCCAAAUUCAACUUCCUUCCCAAAAAGCCUUAUGGGAUUUACAACCUGGUAUAGUCAAAGUAUAUGAAGGCUAUCACAACAUCAGUAAAGCUGUCUUGUCUGCCAAUCCUUCUCUUACAUCAGAUUAUGUUCUGGUGAUUUCUUAUAAUACAAAUGUUAAUCAUUUGGCUUUUUGGCGACCUAGAGAUCUCAAUUGGAAUAAAUUUGACGUUGUUGAUACAUUGGGGGGAGUCUCCAAUAUGAUUUACUAUAAGGGCCAAUUUGUUUUUGUUACUUGGCCCGGUGAAGUCUGUAUUCUUGAUGUUCCCGGGCCUAAUACGCCUGAACCAACCGUAAAGUCGCGCAUGCAAAGGCGGAUGGAGCAUUAUAAUUUGGGGUUCAAUUGA